CAUCCUUCCUCUCUCCCGUAGCCAUCACCGUCUCUCCUCCCUCUCUCUCGCAGAGCCCUCCGCCGCCACAGCUCUCCACCGCCGGCUCCCCUGUCUCCUGCAGCCGCCUGUCGAGCCUUCCACCGUCGUCGUCUCCGCCAUCCUCAGCCUCCCUCCACACCUUGUUGCAAAUCUCUCCCGCCGGCCCGUCGCAACGUCCGCCUCCCACCACCGCGACACAAUCAUCCUCUCCCCGUCAGAGCCCUCUCGCCGCCCUUCGUCCCCCCACCACUGCCGCCGUCGCGAGGUCACCCUCUUCCCCUACCUCUCUCUCUUGUCACCGACUCCCCUUUUCUAUAUCUGGUUUUUUAGUGGUACCAUUUUUCUUCUGAUAGCGAACCAGUGAUAGUGGUACCUACCACUACCAUAAGGUAGCUGGUAGUGGUAGCGUACAACUAUCAUCAUCUUUUUUGUGUUAUUCUCUACUGGUACUGCUACCAAUGAUAGUGCUAGCGGUACGAUACAAUAGGGUAGUGGUAGCGUUGUACUCAUAGCGUACCACUAGUACUGUGUUAGAAUAUGACUUGAAUUUGAUUUGGGUUUGUUUUGUGUUUGGGCCUAUUUUGUUUGGGUUUGGGAUUGGGCUUUGUUUGACCUUUUCCUUGUAUGUUUGGGAAAAGGUGUUUGGUUUUCUGUUUGGGAUUAGGAGAAGAGUUCUAAAAAUAGUCUUCACCAUCCUAUUCUGUAGUAAGGUUAGUCAGGUUAGUUUGUUUGGUUUGUUCGUCCGGAAUUUGGUUUGUAACCUGUACUUUCCUCAAAUCAGUGAAAUUUGUUCUCCUUUGCCCGUGGAUUAGCUAGCACACAUUGUGUUAGUGAACCACGUUAAAUUUGUGUUCGUUCGUGUUGGUUUGGAUUAUCGAUUGCACGCUUCUGUUCUGACAAGUGGUAUCAGAGCCUUUGGUUGCGGUUUUGGGAAUUUGGCGUUGGACUGAAGUUUUGCUUUGUGGAGGUAGCUUUCAAUUCUUCAGCUUGGUUCGGUGGAGGAAUCGCUUUGAAGUUGACUUUGGUAGUUGUGUUUUGGUCUCGAUUUUUUGGUGAGAAGUUUGGUUGGAGUUUGUUUGAUAGUAAGAAUGGCUGCUAUCAGUAUGAAGAUUGAGAAGUUUACCGGAAGAAACAGUUUCAGUUUGUGGCAGAUUAAGAUGCAAGCACUGUUGAAACAAUAGGGUUUGUGGGCUCCGUUGUCUGGAAAAUCGAAGAAGGAAAGCAUAGAUGAAAAAGAGUGGAUUACUUUGGAGGAGAAAGCUCACUCUACAAUCUUGCUUUGUUUGGCUGAUGACAUCAUCACUGAGGUUGCUGCUGAGAAGACUGCUGCGGGCUUGUGGUUGAAGCUUGAAAGUCUAUACAUGACAAAGUCUUUAACUAACAAGUUGCAUAUGAAGCAACGUUUGUUCAGUUUGCGUAUGGAGGAAGGUACUUCUCUCAGGAAUCAUCUAGAUCAACUCAAUACCAUCUUGUUAGAUCUGCGGAAUAUUGAUGUUAAAGUAGAUGAUGAGGAUGCUGCCUUAAUUCUGUUAGUAUCUUUGCCACAGUCAUAUGAGAAUUUUGUGGAUUCUUUUAUUGCUGGGAAAGAUAGUUUGUCUUUGGAAGAUGUCAGAUCUGCUCUACAUACUAGAGAGGUUCGACAUAAGGCAUCUGGUUCAGGUUCGGAAAAUCAGGCAUCUGGGUUGGCUGCUACGAGUAGUAGGAGACAACAAUCUGGUAAUAGGAAGACGAAUACAAAUUCGAAUUCUGCUGGUUUGAAAGAUGAUAUCUGUCAUUACUGUAAGGAGAAAGGGCAUUGGAAAUUCGAUUGUCCUAAACUGAAGAAAUAUCAGGAGAAGAAGGAAUCAUCUGCUGCUGUGGCAGAAGAAACUAACUCUGAUUCUGAAGAUGGUUUAGACUUAGCAGUGAAUGAACAGGUACAUCAUCAGGAUGUGUGGUAUUUGGAUACUGCAGCUGAUUAUCAUAUGUGUCCAAGCAGGGAGAGUUUUUCAACUUAUGAGCAGAUAGAUGGAGGGCAUGUUUCUAUGGCCAAUGGUGCUAUCUGUAAGAUUGUUGGAAGAGGCUCCGUCAGGAUGAGGACACAUGAUGGUUCUGUUCGCACCUUGAACAAUGUUAGGCAUAUUCCAGAGAUGACUAAGAAUCUGAUAUCUUUGAGUCUACUCGACAGCAAGGGUUUCAGUUUCAAAGGUGAAGGUGGAGUGUUGUCUGUCUACAAGGGUUCUAAGGUGGUUUUGAAAGGUGUCAAGCGGGGUGCCUUGUAUAAUCUACAAGGUUCUGUCUUGACAUGUUCUGUUGGUGAUAAGUGCACCAAGCUGGUUCUGAAUGGCAAGUCUCAACAUGAGUUGGACUUGCCGAAUGGUUUGAGUUGUUGAUCGCCCUUAGGGGCAUUUGGAGGCCGAGGAGAUUCUGGUACAACUGAUUUGGAGGAGUUUGGUACAUCUAGCAACUUUGGUUGCGUCUGGUACAUCUGGUAUUUGAGAGAGAAUUCAAGUCAAGGUGGAGAUUGUUAGAAUAUGACUUGAAUUUGAUUUGGGUUUGUUUUGUGUUUGGGCCUAUUUUGUUUGGGUUUGGGAUCGGGCUUUGUUUGACCUUUUCCUUGUAUGUUUGGGAAAAGGUGUUUGGUUUUCUGUUUGGGAUUAGGAGAAGAGUUCUAUAAAUAGUCUUCACCAUC